AUGCCUGCAUACGAGAUCUUUACCAUGCCGCUUGCGGCCGGCAACAACAUCGGCGACCCAGGCAACAACGCUUCCGCGGUCGCAAAGGAGUGCUUCAGCACGAUCCAGAAGCAUAAUGGAGAGCAAAAGAUCCACUUUGGAACGGUCGUAGAGAAGCCCGAAGUCUUCAAAGCCAUCAUCACCUGGGACAGCCUACAAGCCCACAAAGACUUCAUGGCCACUGCCGAAUACCCGGGCUUCGCCAAGAGCUUCCUCAGCAUCAAAGGUGGCGACCAUUCCAUCAUCCACGUCGACUUCAAGCCAGAAAACGAAAUCCACGACAAAGCACUCACUGCGCCCGUCACCGAGCUCGCGACCUUCAUCUUCCCGGGCGCCGUUCCAGACUCAUACGAAGCCGGUGUCCUGAAAUUCCACGAGGCCAACCUCGAGGCGAAGGUCGCGGGUUACCAGGGCGCGGCGUAUGGAUUCACACACGAGGAGGUCACAUUGGAAGAUGCAAAGAAGGGCAAGGCGGUCGUCCUGGCGAUCGGUUGGGAUGCUGUCGAUUCUCACUUGAAAUUCCGUGAGACGCAGACCUUCAAGGACCACAUUCACCUCUUGACGGAUGGAAUCUCCGGCGCGGAAAUGAUUCACGUGCAGUUUUUGGAAUUCGUCUCGUAG